ACGAGAUGUGUUCGUAGAACCGCGAGGUUCGCGAGCCUUCGGGGUGUACAGCGCGGCAGAUCAGCGCAGCAGACUGACAGCGGAGAGAGGAGAGAAGCGCCCCGGCGGAAUCUUGUAGCGGCGGCUCGGGCGCGCACACGCAGCCUCCGCGAGAGCCGCGUAACGCGCAAGCUCGUCUCUCGCGCGAUCGCCGCCGCCACCGCCGCUGCCGCCAUCCUUGCCCCGAGGGUACCACUCUCUCUCUCUCUCUCGCUCUUUCGCUCGCUGGUGUCGCCAGAGAGGAGGGAGGGCGCCGCGCGCAGUUGUGCCCCGUGCGUGCAUCGUGUGUGGAUCAGUUCAGGCCGACGAGGCACCGUCGCACUGCUCUCUUCGUGUUUGUGUGCCUUCUCCUAUAUUUUUUGCUCUAUCCUCCUCGCUUGUGUGUUGCUCUCGUCCUUUCAUCGUCGAUUCACAAGAUCAAAUCGUGUCCCCUUCGCUUGCAACGGGAAAAAUCCCUUCUCCGGCAGUUGGCUUUCCGAGUGCAACGAACAAGUCGACUUGCCCGCGGUCCCAUCGAUCUUGAGUUUCGACGUUCGCCAGUGCACGAUCUGAAGCUUGCUCGCGCGCGCUCUCGGUGCGUUCGGAGGAGGAGGAGCAGUUGUGGUCGACGCGCGCACGCAAGAACCAUUGCAUCUUUUCCCUCUUCUUCUUCCUCUCUCUCUCUCUCUCUCUCUCUCUCUCUCUCUCUCCCCCUCUUGUAUGGUCCACACCUUGUUUUAGUAGUUAAAUAAUAGAAAUUUGCGAUCGUUCAAGUGCAACGACAAAUGUAGUGACGAUGAUGACAAUGGCGAUGGCAAUGAUCGUCGGACUCAUUCGGAUUAAAAGCUGACCAAUCUCGUCCGAGCAUUAUGCAUUUUUAAAAGAUCAAUGAGCUCGAAACGUUGCCGCUUCAUCGAUGUCGACCGUGGCAUGAGACAAUUGGUGCGACGGUCUGGAUCAAUCGAGAAGAGCGAAAAACGGGACGGCAGUGCGAAAUUGCGAUCUUUUGCGCUCACCUCGUGAUCACUUCACGCGAGAAGCCCGAGAGCGAGUGCGAAAGAAAGUAGGGCUAGGUCGUCUCUGGCGGCGAGACGAAAGAUGGAUUCGUCCGAGUAAGUCGAGAGGCCACUCGUCUCUCUUUCUCUCUCUCUCUCUCUCUCUUUCUCUCCGAUACGUCCGCGCUCUCGCGGAACACGACAGUCAGACGCGGGACAAGAUAGAGUAGUGCUUUUGUCUGACAAUAGCAGGAGAGAAUAAACGGGGUAGAAUCUCAUCUGGUUCUGGCACGGAGCGUGAGAGAAAGAGAGAGAGAGAGAGAGAGAAAGAGAGAGAGAGAGAGAGAGAGAGAGAGAGAGAGAGGUGGGAAGGUGUGUAUGCGCGCGCGUGGGAGUGAGAGCAGCGCGAUCGGAUCGUCCCCGAGAGCGCGAGAAGAGAGGGAGAAGAGGGAGAGGCGACGGGCAGUGUCGCGUUCGCGGGACCACGGGUGAUUCCACUUGCACAUAACCUCACUUUUUUCUCUACCCCCCCUCCUCCCCGUCUCUACCCUAACUCUUUUCCUUUUUCUCCCAUUCUCUCUCUCUGGCUUCAUCGGCUUCGCUGCCACCCUGCCUCUAGCCAACUGACGGCGUCGCGCGCGCACGCACGCGAGCGCGCAUCCUCGAUCGCGACGGGGCCUCGCGCUCGCGGACCCGCGGACGGACGGGGGAUCCCGGUGCUCCAAUUGCGUAACGUUUUUGCAGGACGUAAGGGCAGCCGUGUGCGCGUACGUGGCGAGCAGCAGUAGCAGCAGCGACGUCGCUCGGCCCCGUCUGUACGCGCGCUAGGCGUAUAUAUGCGCAUCGCGAGUUGCCUGGUGCGUGUGUCAGAGCCAGUGACGACAAGCGUGAACCAUAAAACGGCUACUGGCGCGAGGUGAUAGCGGAUAAGCCAGCAAGACACAGGGGAGCAGUGGCGCAGCUGCAAAAAGGAAGAGAGACAGUCAUUGGCUGGGCCUGCUCCGCUCGCGAUCCUCCGUCGUCGAGGGGUGUGUCGAAUCAUCAGCAGCAGUAGCGGCGGCGGCGGCGGCGGCGGCGGCAGCUGCUGCAGUGAAGCUAGCAUCAGCUAGGCAGCCCCGGCGGAGUGCUCCUCGGCGCGGCCGUGUGCGGUCUCCGUCAGUCUCGAAAGUGGUUCUUUUGUGCGGUGGAGUGGCGUCGUUGCGGCUGCCGAGAGCGAGAUCGGCAAAAGUGUGCGCGGCAGUGCAGCCAGUGGCCGCUGCGCGUAAGCCCGGGCAAGUGCGACGAGAGUGCGAGGAAGGAGGCAGCCAAGGCGCACCGAGACCGAGCCAGCUACUGGGGCAGUGGUAGUAGUGGCGCCAAGCAGCAGGUGACGGUGGAGUGGCGCAGGCAGAGCGGCGCUCGGCGUCAGGAUGCAGCAUGAACCUCGUUGCCCUGGCCUGCGAGCUGACGAGCCGCCUCGGCAGGGGGACUGCUGCGCGCUGCCGUGGAACAAGACAGCGACAAAAGCCAAGGAGCGGCCAGCCGCGGCAGCAGCGACUCAUCGCCGUCGUCGCCGUGCCACCGACGAGCCGCCGCCGCCGCCGCCGCCGCCACCGCCGCCACGCGGGCCCCGGGUUCGCCACCUCAGCGCGGCUGCACCCAAGGCGCCAACAUCCCCACACAGCCGCCCAGGCCGCAGCGGCAACCUCCUCGGCACUCGGUACUCCACGAGCCCUCGCAUCAUCGACGGGGCGCGCGCCGAUCUCGCCGACCUUCAGGUGCAGAUCGCCGGAGUUCGCGGGCCGCCAGGCGUCUCGCCGCUGGCCGAGGAUUGCAGCAGGGCUCGGGCAGCAAGGCAGGGGAACUUCUAAGAGCCCCGCUAACCCGGGCCUCGCCUCAAUUGGGCAGCAGCAAAUCCAUCAGCUGGCGCUUCGGCCCGGGACGCUCUCGACAAGCGGGGCUGACGACCACUCGAUCACCGAGCGAAAAAGCACGACGUCAGCAGCGUCACCGUCACUACUUGCAUCGUUAUCAUUUGCACCGCCAACACCGUCAUCAUCAUCGUCCCCCUUCCCACGCCGUAUCGUCGACAUCGCCAAGCUCUCCGAGGCGACCACAACAGCAGCAGCGGCAGCGCCGGCACCGGCGUCGCCUCGUCCAGGAGGUGAUCAAGACCGGGCGACUCGAGCUUGCCACCAACGACAGCAUCAUCACCAGCGAUGCGGCUCAGCUGCAGCAGCAGUGCACGAGGCAACAGCAGCGCCAACAGCACUCGCCUAGACCGUCGUCGCCCAUGCGACUCGAGGCUCGUGCAGCAGCGAGCCGCCGAGGAGCCACGGGACCAGCAGCAGCAGCAGCAGCAGCAGCAGCAGCAGCGACGGCCACGAGUAGCAAGACUAAGCGGCGCGACUGGAGGGACGGCGGCGCCAACAGCCUCAGACGCUCAGUCACUGCCUUGGACGGGGGCUCGAGGACGCCUGCCGCUGCUCACAGCACUGCCUUCCGGAGGAGCAGCUCGUCGUCCCUGAGCCGCAAGUCGCCGCCUUGGCCGCUGCCGCCACCGCCGCCGCGACGCUACCGCCUCGUGCUCUACCUGCUGGCGACGCUGCUGCUGCUGCAGGCGCAGCCGGCGCGCCACUUGGCGCUGGCGGCCAAGGCUGCCGAGGGCAGCGACGGGCAGGCGCCGAGGAAGCGCCAGGCGCCACCGCCGCCGCGGCACCCGUACAACGAAUACACCUGGGAGCUGAACCAGCUGAACCCGUGGCUGUCGGCGUGCGACCUGGCGGGACCGGCGCCCACCGACCUGCAGGGCAGCUGCCAGGGCCCGCACGACCAGCCGAGAGUCUGCCCGGGCGAGUGCAGGAGGCCGCGCAAGCAGCAGCGGUCCUUCGGGCCCGCGGAAUUCGACGAGGUGAUCGAGGCCUGGGCCCGCGUCGACAGGCUGGCUCGGGGCGACGGCGGCCCGGCUCCGAAACAGUGCCUUUUUUAUCUCGAGGACGCGCACAAGGCGGCCGUCUGCCGGGAGGACUUCGGCCUUGCGGGCAACCGGGCCUAUGCCUCGCCGCCCGAGAACCGCUUCUGGUUCUUGAGCGGCAUCCGCCUCAAGCACUGCUGCGAGCACGCCGUCGUCAAUGCCCUGUCGCCCGGCAGAGGCGGCACACUCGAGGCCGUACUCGCCGGUGGCGAUGCCUGCGCACGCGUCCUCGACACCAUACUGCAGGUCGAUCUGCUUGCCGCUAGACUGCAAUGCGAGUUCGAGGAGGUGCUCGUCCGCUACGACUGCGGACAGACCUACUCGGUCAUCCACAACUGCACCCACUGCAAGGAGGCGUAUAGGAAAUGGGUGUGCAGCUCCCUGGUGCCUUACUUUGCUCACGGGGGACCGCAUGAUUCGGAGCCCACGGAGGAAUCUUGGGUCGGCCGGAGAAUAAGGCCCUGCCGCUCGCUGUGCCAAUCCGUGGAACAACGCUGUCCCUAUCUACUUCCGGGAGACCGUGCGCCUGCAUACCCCACGCAAUACGCCGGCGAACCCACCUUUCUUUGUCGAGACCCCAACAUACCCGAGACGGGCGAGCAGGCGGCGAGGGCGCUACAUCCGACUUCGGAGGACGAGUGCUGCUUCAGCAGCUGCAACGAGCAGGAGCCGCUGCUGGGCAACUGUGCCAACUGUUCGAACAGCGUAGUGUACAUGGGCCCCAAUCCGCGCGAUCCUCCCACAGCACCACAAUGCGACGUUUCUCCAGCACUUCCAGGUCCGCCACCCAGACGCUCGCCGUUCUGCGGGAUCAGCGGCAUCGGCUCGAUACAGCCGAGCCCUGAGUUACCAGACGUCGAGCCAUCCCCAGCCAGUACAACCAGCAGCACCACAACCACCGCCAUUUCCACCACAUUGUUGAGCAGCAGCAGCAGCAGCAGCAGCAGCACAAGUCACUCGACGUCGCCGUCGUCGUCCGCCGCGUCAUCCUCGGCGGCGGCGGCGGCGGCAGUAGCAGCAGCAGCAGCAGCAGCAGCCGCGCCGGCGUCGCCGCUACCCCUCGUCUGUCUGUUUUGGCUCUGGGGCGUCCUGUUCUCGAGCCAGUGCUCGUCGUUGCUCGCCGCGCUAUGCCGCCGUCUGCACUGCUUGAUGUCGCUUGUGUUGCUGCAUGAUCGCGCCAACCCGCCGGCGGCACCGGCUCCGAUGCGCGUUCGCAAGCUCAUCGUCGGGGCGCCGAUCCAAGCGCGCCCCAACAGACCGCCGCGCUGGCGCUGCUGGUGCUGGAGGCACUGCUGGCGUCGCCAUUGGCGCUGGCUCUGGCCGUGCCGAUGGAAGAAGCGUCGCCAGCCGCGCGUGCAGCACUGCACGCGCUCCGCCAGCUGGAGCCGGGAGCCGUCUUAGCGUGGCACGACGCGCGACCGUUCGACGCAACUGGAAUUCGGAUCGAGAGAGAGAGAGAGAGAGAGCGCGAGCGAGAGAGAGAGAGAGAGAAUGUACACCGACGCAAUUCGCUACUAUCUUUUUUUCCUUUCCGGGGCUGGGACGAGGCGGGACAAAGUGGAGCGCGGAGAAGGAGAGCAGCGGCUGGACCCCCUGCCGCUGACGCGCCGUGGCAGCAGAUUGUCAGCCGUCGCCUGCCCUCGUCUAUGAUCGACCAUUACAUUUCCCAGAGCGACGCCGCGAGCGCGCUAUCAUGAAACCGAGGCUUACGAACGGAGAAUGCUAAUGGAAAUAAAAAAAUAAUAAUAAUAAUAAACAAUAAUACAAUAAUAAUGAUUAAUGAAUAAUUAACGGUUAAUCGAAUACACGAGAUUCGCGAGGCGCUUUCGGAAGCGAGAGAACGAGCAAACGGAAGAGAGAGAGAGAGUGAACGAGGUCGAGAGUGAGUUGCCGAAGCGCGAGAGAAAGAGAUUUGACAGGCGGAAACGAGAGGCGGACAACACGAGAUAUAUAUGCGUUCAGUGAAAUGAAGUACGUUAUUAUUAUACACAUUAUUAUACAUAGUGCGAUGGGAUUAAUAAUUUAUCUCCGAGGCCAAGUGUGUGAUUGACAAUUUAGAAAGACACACCCGAGGCGACACUUGAGAACCAUAUUAUAUAGAUGUGGCAGAAAACGGACACUGGUCGCGUAACGUUUCAUGCGCGAUGCAAGGGGGGAGGGCGAAACAAGCUCGGCGACGCAAUUAUUAUUACUAAACAAUAAAAAUAAAAAAAAAAAUUAUACCGACGUAUUUAGGAUGAAAUGACGAUGAAGCGCGCAACCGCGCGCGUCCAAGUCAAACGUAAUGUUAUUCAAGCGCGGCGGUGUGUCUAAUCGGCCUGCCCGAAUCGUGUGCGAGUGCGAGCGAGCGAGAGUGAACUGUUGAAAAACAAAAAAAAAAGAAUAGCGCGUUUUAACUAAUACAAUAUUAUCGUUGAUGAUGGCGUGUUUCAUUGAGUCGUUUCUCGCCUUUGUUCUUCUCAUCAAUGAAGGCGCGGCCGCGUGUACGGGAAAUUCGCAUCGAUACUCCAAUAAAGUGACGGGCUAAACUCAAAUUUCCGUUUUCGUAGAAAAUACUUCCGUUGUGCCCCUGCCAAAUCGUCCUGCGAAACGGAAGAGCGCGGCGUUAGAUUUUACGAGUAUAUUUUGAAGAAGGCGAAAGAAAAAAAAAAGAAGAAAAAAACGCAAAGUCACGGGCAAAAGAAAAGGACACGCUAUUGUUACUUGUUAAACGAAAAUAAAAAUUGAUUAAUUUUAUAAAAAGUUACCAGAGUGAAAAAGAAACCGCAGUGGCAAACACCCACAACAUUACUUGUAAAGAUGAGAAAAGACGAGAAAGAAGAGAAAAAAGAGAAAUAAGAAUAAAAAAGAUUAUAUAUUAAUGUUCUAUUCACAUAUGUAAGAUCCAUUGUUGACGUUUAAAAACUGUUUUGUAAGUUACCGACGCAAGAACGCCAAAGAAGUAAAGAAGAAACAUGAAAAAUAUAAUUGACAAACGAACAAAAAGACACGCUAAAUCCGCGCAAUCAGCUCCAAAAACAAAACAAAAAAAAAUUAGCAAAUAAAUAAAAUAUAAAAUAAAAAAAACACAAGUGUUUAUAAACAACAUGAGAAAAAGAGACUCAGCCGCGCGCGUACGUAUGCGCGUAUGUAUGUGUACAGUGCGAGAGUGUAAAAGAGAUAAAAGCGCCUAAGAGAAUUUCCGCGUGCACGCGGUAUAUGCCCGACACAUUCGCCAACUAUGGCACGCACACACACACACACACAAACACACACAGACACACACAUGUAAUAGAACGCGUGCGUGCAAGCGGGAGAGCAUGAAAAGCAAAACAAAUUGCAAAGAAUCGUACGUGUGACGAGCACAUGCUCACAGGGUGAGAUCGGAUUUGCCGUGUUAACUACCGUGCGAGCAUGACGAGAGACUGCAAGAGAGAACGAGAGAGAGAUAGAGCUAAGCGAGUAGCGCGCGUUUGUUUCGCGCGUGCGUCUGCCGCGAUAUGGAGAGUGAGCGAGUUGUGAGAGAAGCCGAGUUUACCGAGGUAUAAUAUGUGUUCGUUUAGACAUUACAUGCAUUAUGAUAACAAAAAAAAUAUAUAUAUAUAUAUAUAUAUAUAUUGUACUUGAAGCAGAAAAAAAAUACACAAAAACUUAGAUGAUAAACGACGAUGUCGACACCUUGAGGCAAAAAGAGAACAGAAAGACUCGUAUUACAAGCAAGUUACGAAGUGCCGGGGUAUAUAUGAUCCCGUGUGAAUCCCCCCACACCUCCUUGAAAAGAAAGAAAGCGUUGAUGAAUACAUGUCUGUACUUCCAGAAGCGGCGUUACGUUUUCUUUUUUUGUCAGCGCGUAUGUACAUUCAUUUUUCUUGAUUUUCUUAAAAGAGACUAACGAAAGACAUCGCGACAAGUCCAAGUUUUCUUAUAUAUAUAUAUAUAUAUAUAUAUAUAUAUAUAUAUAUAUAUAUGUAUGUAUGUAUGUAUGUAUAUAUAUAUGCGACGUGACUGCCGAUGCAGUUGUUGUUAUUGAUGUUAUUGUUGUUCUUUUUCCUCUUCUAUCUUAGUCUGCUUCUAUACUUCCGAUUCUGGCAUUCUGUCCCCCUGUAUGCAUGUUAAACUCUUGUCUUACGACGGCAGAAGUGAGCGUCACUGAUUGGAAUAUGCGAUUGAACAUAUUUUCUUUCAAAGUUCCUGAAAAUACGAGUUUUAUUUUGUUCUCAUUAUUCCGUACUAAACAUUCUCAAUAGACUGAAAAUAGGACAUUGUUCGUUUAGCAUAAUGUUAUACCAAUCGUGAAGUAUAAUGAAGUCAUUAACAUUAAGAAAUAAAUAAUUAGCGAUAUGAAAACAUAAAUGAUAUGUCGUGCGUAGAUAGCAAUUAUAUAAAUCGCCGAACGCUGAAGUACCGCGAUGUAGAAUAACUUAAACUUGUCGCGGAACGAACAUUGUUAGGUCCAUUGAUUUUCCAGGGUUAUAAUUUUCAAUCGCCAUUCACUAAAUAUAGCGUCGAGCCAAUAAUCAUUACAGAAAUUAUCCACAAAGUCGGAUAUGCCAAGCUGUCAUCGGCAAGUUCAUAAAAACGCCAGAUAUGCAGUCGCGCACACUUCUGCUAGUCUGCACCGCCCGGAAACACUAUUUACACACGUUAGAACGUCUCCGAAGAAAAGACAGAUGGCCAUAUAACUAUCACGGAUGGAAAAUAAAAGUAUAUACAUAGAGAAAACGAGAAUGAGAGAGAGAGAGAGAGAGACGGCAGGGCGGAAAGUCACGAUACGCACAAUAAAAAAAUGUUGAAACACUCACGAUGAUCGCCACGUACGUCCUGCGCGCGUGUUUUUUUUACUUGUACAAUGCGGGAUAAAGAAAGAACGAGGAGUUCGUGUUCCUCCUUUUAGCGCCGCCCUUAUAAAUAAUAUACAACAAUACUUAUUAUAGAAUACAAUUCAAACAAUGCGAAUACGGCUUGUGGGUGAAAAGGCCGAGUUGUUAGUUGCGUCGCGCUUGCAACGUUUUAUAACCCUUUUCCUGUGGAAGCCCUACACGUACAGACUCGCAUAUUACCCACUACACGCACACACGCCUCCUUUUUUGUGCGAGAAAGAAAGUUGGAUAUACAUAGGUACAAAUAUUAUAGAAAUAUAAAGUAAAGUAAUGGAAAAAAAAAUAAUAAUAAACACUUUCGCGCCACCCGUCGUUUUCUCGUCGCGAGCGAACGUUCGGCCGAAGUAUAUAUUGUUCUGUCCGUGUCUUCUUCUUCGCCGUUUGUUUUUUUUUUUCUUUUACGUUGCGCCUCGCGUUAUUAACUACACACGUAUACACCUAGGAGAGACGUGAAAAAGCUGUGCGCGUGCGUGCAUGAGAGUGUGCGUGUGAGAAAGAGAUUUUACCCGAUUACAGCGUUGACAGCCGACGCCGUAUGGGGCCGAGAUCGUGUAUAGAGGGCGAGAGAAACAAAUUUAAGGAAGAAAAUGGGAAAUAAUAAAAAAAUUUUUAGAUGUGCACUCUGUUUAGGAGGCUCGUUCAAAGUGCGUUUUAGGGGAACUUGAGUAAAAAAGGCCCACCAAAAAAAAUAUAAAAAAUACAUAAAACAAAUUUAAAGUCGAUGUACUUAGACACAUGUUUGAUUAAUAAAGAGAAAAAAAAAUGCAAAACACAAAACAAACGAAAGAUGAGAAAUAGACACAAAUAAAAAAAUACGAGGAGUGUUUUACGAUUUUUCUUUUGAUUGUCGCUGAUUUUUCUUAUUUAUUCCGUUCAACGUGGAAGAAAAAAAAACGAUUAAACAACUAAUUGAGAGACACACGUGACGCGAAUUCUCAUACCGACGAUGUUGACACUAUACAUAUAAUAGGUAUAUAUAAUAGUUAAAAAUACGAGUCGACUGUGUGUAUGUGUAAUAAGAGAAAUAAAAAAAAUAUACAAAUCGAGGAUACUCAUGGAUUUUCAAAGGCAGUCUGCCAACGAGGAGCUUUUAUCGAGCACAAACGAACCUUUCCACUCAGUAUCUCCCCGCCACAUCAAAAGCAUACUAUAACAACUCUAGCAAGUGAAAAAGAUAGAGAAAAAAAAUAGAGAAAAAAAGGUGAGAGAGGGAGAGAACAAAUGGACACAAACACACGAUAAACACAGCAGUUGGGAGUUAAAGAAAAAAAACAUUUUUUAGAGCGUGUGCUUCCUUUCGGUUAUCUAUAUAAAUAUAUAUAACUUCCUCCCUCUCGAUUUUUCCGUUAAAAUCCUUCUGUCUAAUGUGUAAUGACAUCAUAGAUAUUUUUGUGACGAUCGUUCGUAUACGUAGCACAUAGAUUCGCGAAGAUUUUUCUACGAGGUUCUUUUAUAGUAGUUUUAUAGACGACGUUUUAUUGAGUAGAAGUUAAGCUUCGCAUAUUAACGAAAGUAGCUAAUGGACAACAACCAAAAUAAGAAAAAAUAAAUGAAUAAAAGGUAAUGAAUUAUCGAAGAAGGGAAGAAACAAAAUUCACAAGAGCAAUGAAAAAUAAAAUGGAGAUCGAUUCAACAGCCGACAUACAAAACAGUUGUAAGAUUCGAACAUCGUUUUUUAGAAACGUGUAUGAUGAUUAUACAAUUCGUCGUAUAAACUGAGUAUUUACGACGGACACGAAAGCAACAAGAAAAAAUAUAAAUAUAUAUAUAUAUAUAUAUACAUAUAUACUACUAAGACCGAUACUGCGUCAAAUAAGUUAAUUGAUGAUUCAUCGUUUAUUUAUUGUUAAAAAAAAACAUUAG